AUGACUUACCCAGCACCGCCACCAGCCAACGAGGAGGAGGAGGAAAAGCCGGGCGACACUUACAUAGGUGGCAUGGAGCACGGCGUGCGCCACGGCCGUGGCAAGUACACCUUUGGCGCCAGCGGGGCGGUGUACGAAGGCGACUACGCCAGCGGCCAGCGGCACGGGCGCGGCGCAAUGAAAUUCCCAGAUGGCAGCAAAUACGAGGGCAGCUGGGCGGCAGACCGAAUGGAGGGUGAGGGGACGUACACAUACAAAAGCGGCGACGUCUACAGUGGCAGCUUCAAGGAGGGCAAGAAGGACGGCGCUGGUGUGUACCACUGCAAGGCCGAUGGCGCGCAGUACCACGGCGCGUGGGAGGGCGGCGAAUUCAUUGAGGGCCGCUUUAUGCACCGCGACGGCAGCAUGUUUGCGGGCACCUUCGAGGCAUCAAAGCCGGUUCAAGGGACGCACUAUUUUAGCGGCAGCGGCCUCAUGCAAUCCGGCAAGUUCGAGGCUGGCGGCGCGUGGCGCGGCAGCGAAGUGACUGUAGGCAGUGCCACACUGCUGCUGUAA